AUGGACACCUUCCGACAGUUAUCAGAGCACUUCAUCGGGCACGCAGAGGAGCUUUGCGAGCAGCUCAUGCUUGGUCUCCAGGUGGACGUUCAUCUUGAGAGAGUCAAAGACGACCUCGUCAAUGCGAAAGAUGGGUUCAGUUUCAUCAGCCACCCGCAUAACAAACUGUCCCACGCCCAGCUACUUAAACAGGCCUGCACUCCGUAUUCCGGACUGUUCGACGAGAGCCACGGGACAUGGAAAGUUACCGCAGUCGCCCGCUACCAGAAGACAGCAGAGAGGCUGCUCGAGUUCCUUGCAGGUUGUUUCCAUACGACAAGCGGCCAGACUGGUCGGUCAUCGGAGCUCUUCAGCCUUACAUACCAAAACAGCGCUUUCGGUGAACGCGGACUAUACAUCCACAAUGGCUCAGUCAUGACGCUCACACGGCAUCACAAAGCAAAGCGUUCAACCAAUCGAGAAUUCAACGUUGUACGCUUCCUUCCUCUCCGAGUCGGCCGGGUUAUAUUUCGAUACCUUGUCUACAUCCGUCCUUUCCUUACAACGCUUGGUAAAGAGC